AUGGUCCGCCAUGAUACAUCCGUUCUAAAAGCCUCUACGUUUUCAUCGGACCUUGCAUCAGUCUCCGUCCAUGUCCUUUCCGGAGGCCAUUUCUCGUUGCCAGAGUAUCAAUUCGUACAUCCUGUAGCACGUGAUGCUCGACGAACGGUCCCUUCGCUCGCCUUUCUCAUUCAACAUUGUAACGCUAUAUCAGGCAAGACGACUAGGAUCGUGUUCGAUCUUGGUUUACGCAGAGAUAUCAAGAGAUAUGCGACACCAAUACAGAAGCACAUCGAAACAAGGCGGCCAAUUAGCACAGACCCAGACGUAACUCGGAGUCUGGCGAAUGGCGGGUUGACGCCUGGAGACAUUGACUACGUGAUUUACUCGCAUGUUCAUUGGGAUCACGUUGGCGAGCCUCGCGAUUUCCCCACCUCCGUCUUCGUCGUUGGUCAUGGUGCAAAAGACCUCCUGAAGGGUACCUCCUCGAAGCUACGUGGUGGUCACUCCUUUUUCGAGUGCGAUCUCCUCCCAGAAGGACGAACAAUAGAGCUACCUGAUCCUAUGGAGCAUGAUCAAACAAAGUUUGAUCCUGGUGUAGCUUCAGACCAAGCCCGUUUCAGUGGUCCAUGGAAGCCACAUGGGAACCUACCAGAUGUACUAGACAUUUUCAAUGACGGGUCCCUUUUGAUUGUGAACGCGCCAGGCCAUCUACCAGGCCAUAUCAAUCUGCUAGCACGGACUGCAAGUGGACAAGAAGUCUAUAUGGCGGGCGACGCAUGUCACGAUCGCCGACUUUUGACUGGCGAGAAGACCAUUGGAGAGUGGAACGAUGCAGAAGGUCAUGUCUGCUGUAUACAUGCGGAUCGCAAGCAAGCGGAAGAGACCAUUGAGAGAAUCAGAAAGCUCGAAGCACAGGGCGUCGAGAUCAUAUUCGCGCACGACAUAGAGUGGGAAAGCAAUCCAGCAAACAAGUCAAGGUUCUUCGGAGUGGAAGAGACCAUCCUGCUAUUCUACUUUACUCGGGAAAAGGCCGCUGCCAUGUCGCAAACUCACCUGGUUCUACGGUUUGACCCCACUUUCCCCGCAUCCUGUUGGAGAAGGUGGGGCCCCGCCUUGUACAACCCUCCACAGACAUUCAUGUCAUCGGAAGCUAGAUGGCUGACGCUUUGCGCUGAUGAAAGCCAUAAAGACUUUACUGCGACGUUCAUCAUGUCCAUGACACCUGAACACCAACGGCUAAAAGCCCGUUUCGACGCAGAGCUCGGCCCCCAAGCCUUUGACGAACAAUGGGCGCGCAUGCUACAACAUGCACCCGACAUGUUCGCAUCUAGCUUGCGCCUAACCAGCGUGCCCAAAAAGAGCACACAUCUAUCUCCCAAGAUUCAAAGUCUGGUCUCUCUCGCCGUGAGCGCUGCAUCAACGCAUCUCCACGUCCCGAACAUCCAGCGAUAUACGCGUGAGGCAUUGCGCAAUGGUGCUACCAAAGCUGAAAUUAUCGAGACCUUGUCGUUGACGGCCACACUGGGUAUCCAUGCGUGUACAACGGGGAUGCCGAUUUUGUUCGAGGUUCUGGAAGAACGGGGUGAAGCGAUGCCCAAGGGCAUGGACGGUAUGAGCAAGGAGCAAUGGGCCAUACGCGAGGAUUUUGAGAAGAAGAGGGGAUAUUGGAAUACCCUAUGGGAAGAGUUUCUGCGAAUUAGUCCGGAGUUUUUUUAUGCGUAUACGGAGUUUAGCUCUGUUCCGUGGGUGAAUGAGGGGGGGAAGGGGGUUUUGGAACCGAAGGUCAAGGAGUUGAUGUAUUGCGCAUUUGACACAGCUGCAACGCACAUGUAUCAACCUGGGUUGAAGUUGCAUAUGCGCAACGUGCUAAACUAUGGUGGUACAUCAGGGGAAAUCAUGGAGGUGAUGGAACUUGCGACGUUGCUUAGCAUAAGCACGAUAGAUGUUGGACUCGAGGUAUUGGAAAAGGAGUUGAAAGCGCAAUGA